AUGCGAACGUCAACAACCUCACCAAAGGAUGACUUCUUCUACGUCUGCGCUGUGCAUCUGAAAGACAAGAACUUUGCGACAGCCAAGGUCGAUGAAGACGCCCUCAAGGCCAAGCGUGAGCGUGAGUUGGCCGAGGAGACCGAGCGACUGAAGAAGGAAUACGAAGAGAAGCAGAAGAAGAAGAAUGAAAAGGAAUCCAAAGACAAAGAGGAGGACACAAAGAAGGCAGAGGAGGAAAAGAAGAAGUCAGGCGGAAUCUACGGCUUCUUCGAGCGGCAGUUCAAGGGUGAACCUGACAAGCCAGCUGAGGAAGCCAGCACUCCACCACCUCCCCCAGAAGAUGAGCCCAGAGUGUUUGAACUCAAGCCGGCCUUCUACCAACAACGCAUCCAGAAGAAGCGCCAAGUUGACGCUGCGAAGAGGGAUCGUGAGCGGGUGAAGCAGCCAGAUUACUUUCCCUCUGUGCCUUCAGACCCUCCCGUCAGGAAGCAUGGACCGGCUCCGUAG